CCGUUUUUCACCAUACAAACGCUCAUAUAAAUUGCAUUUGUGAAUGACCCACGCAAUCUGAUGCUGCUCCCAUCUUCUCACUUCCUUAUUAGAUCCCAGCCCCGCACACCAGUCAAGCAAAAUGACUGGAGUUGUCGGCGGCGCAUUGUUGCUGCUCUGGAGCUACGUGCAAUGCGUCUCCGCCGUGGGCAGCGACCUUAAGCUGCAGCUGCCGUUCCCCGUGGCGUCGCACCCGCUUCAGCUGUCCUCGAGCCUAUUCGCAGCUUCAGAACACUUACCGCUGGACGCUCACGUGGCCAACACGUCGUCGGAUGGACGUCCAAAGCUGCUGGCCGACGUGCCGUUCCCCACUGGCGCGUGGUGGACGAAUUUGGUGCUGGCGGAGGGCCAAUCGGCUGUCGUAUCCAUGCCCUACGUUCACAAGAUCCUGGACGAGAAACUGCACGUGAGCUUCCCGUUCCGCGUCGUGGCACCGCGAGACAUUGAGGAAGGUUUCAUCGCCCAGAUGGUCGUGAGCUCGCAGGCGCAGACGUCGACGCUGCCGCUAGCGCACCACGUCGUCAACUUUGACGCGUUCAGUACGACCGUGCGCUUCAGUCGCGGCCAAGCGGAGGAGUUCCGCGUGUAUCUGGUGCGAGGCUCACCGUAUAUUACGAUGGAGUACACACAUAGUCGUCCCGUACUAGAGGCCAAGGACGGACUGCAGAUCAAUCGCUUUAAGAAGCUCAAAGGACUUACACUCAUGAACGGAGACGCCAUCCCAUUCGCCACCUUCGCGGCGGAGCUCAAUAAUGGCCAGACGUGGUACGUCUACGCGUCGGAUAAACAACUCAAGCUCAAGUUGAACGACAACGGACAAGUGACUAGUGACGAGGAGUUUACGGGUGUAUUGAGAGUGGCGCUGUGUCACGACGCCAAGGUGAUGGCUUAUCUACUCGAGUCGGCGUCUGUAUACGCUAUUGGAGGUGACGUCGCUCACUCGGUGGACCCUCAAGACUCGGACAAGGCUUUGCUCGAGUUCCAGUGGAAGACAAAGAGCUUUUCGACGUUCCACGGCACAGCCGACGAGGUGACGGACGAGGAGAAGAACAAACUGCUGAUGCUAGCGCUUCCCCAUCACAUGGACGUGAUGCAAGUGCAGACUGACAAUGAACCUUUGAAGAAAGGCAAGAACAAAGUGCUGUCGGACUUGAGGUACACGAGCAUCCGUGGCCUGAUGGAAGGCGUGUUCGGCGCUGUGUGGCACAUGAAGGAGAAUCUGCCAGCGGUCGAGUGGAACUACGCGGACGACGGUCUCUUUAGUGAUGACUUCAGUGACAGCUCUGACGACAAGCAGCUUCGUCUUGAUAUGCGCGUUAAAGCAACGGAGGCUAUCCUUAAAGAGCUGCCUAUUGACGCUGACAAGUACCCGCCGCCAAUGAGUCCGGACUCGUACAACUUUGGCAAGCAAGUGAGUCGCGAUGCGCGUUUGUUGCUGAUUGCGGACACGUUCAAGCAGGAAGAAUUGAAGCAGAAACUCCUGACAAAAGUUGAGCUGGAGAUCGUCGAUUGGCUUGAAGGCACUAACGUCGAUCACUUUGUGUACGACCAAACGUUUGGAGGAGUGAUCACGAACGAUGGCUGGAAUGACGAGCAGGCAGACUAUGGCAACGGAUACUACAACGACCAUCAUUUCCACUACGGAUAUUUUGUCUAUGCGCUUGCUGCGGUUCGGAAAUUCGACCCAGAGUUCAUUGAGAAGCAUGCGCAAGCCUGUGCCUUGAUCAUGGGAGAUAUUGGCACGCCGCUACUCAACAGCAACACGUCGUUUUUCAACGACCUGCCAGUCCGACUGCUGUUCCCUACUGCUCGCCACAAAGACUGGUUCGUUGGCCACUCGUACGCUAGUGGUUUGUUCCCGAUGGAGGACGGCAAGUCUCAGGAAAGCAGCAGCGAAGACCUCAACGCUUACUAUGCGUUGGCCUUAUUCUCCUCACUGGACGAAAAGGCCACCGAAGGACAAGGAGACAGCUCUUACCACCAGUACGCGCGUCUCUUACUGGCCACGGAAUUGCGAUCGGUCAAGAAAUACUGGCACAUGUCGGAGAACUCGAAGAUCUACGAGCCUGUCUUCUCGAAGAACGCCAUGGUGGGUGUGGUGGGCGAGAUGAGUGUGGUGUACAACACGUGGUUUGGCGACCGUGCCGUCUACAUUCACGGCAUCAACAUGCUCCCCUUCACGCCGUUUACUUCGCAACUGCUGGACGAGGAGUAUGUAGCGCGAGAGUAUGCGCUAUUGAGUCAGGAUCUCCCCGAUCUGGAUCAAUACGACAUCUGGCGUUCGAUUGUAGUGAUGGAUCACGCGAUCUUGAACGCAGCGGAAGCUUGGGAUGAGCUGAACAACACGGUGAAGGCGUUCGACACGUGGUCUUCACGUACGAACGCAAUGUUUUGGAUUGCUACUCGUCCGUCGUGGUUCGCUCAAAAGAACCGCCCAGCUCUGAGUGACCCCGACCUCGAUCCUGAUGACAAGUGCUUUGGCUUUCCGGCGUGUGCCACGGCAGGAGAAAAUGGCACGGCGUUGAUGUGUUGCAGUACGUUGCCUGGUUGCUGUCCGAGUGCGCUGGGCUGCUGCCCACAAGAAGAUCCCGCGUUAUUGCCAAGCAACGCCUGCUUCGGAGAACAUGAGUGUGCUGUGCUUGGAUUGGGCUGCUGCAACACCAUCGAUGGAUGCUGUGAGCCUGACCCCAUCUCGGGUACUGUGUUGGGUUGCUGCAAGAACCAGCACCCCGUGGUCGCCAACGUAACUCACAAGGCAGUUGAGAAGACUAAGGACGCAGCAAAAUGUUACGGUGAACCACUGUGCGAGGCGGCCAAGCUCGACUGCUGCGGCGUACCUGGCGGCUGCUGCUCGGGAUCUGGUGUCAAGUUGGAUUGUUGCGCCUCGGAAACGCCGAUCACAGCUCUGUCCAGUACUUCUCAAUCGAGUGAUGCGAACACGUGCCAGGGCCAACCUAAAUGUGGUGCUGCUGGGCUGGACUGCUGCGGGUGGGAGGGAGGCUGCUGUAAGCCGGACCCGACGACGGGAGCCAAGUUGGAUUGCUGCGAGGAUGAACCUUCCAGUGCGACGAUUCCUGUCCGCAGUGUCCACGGACGCCACGAAGACGGAGUCGAUUCCGACGACAGUUCAUCAAACGGGAAUACUGGUAGUUCUAUCAGCCGCAUCUUUAUUGGGCUGGGUGGAGCCAUUCUGCUUGUCGCGAUCGUGUACGCUGGAGGUCUGUGCUACCGACGCCGCGGAUACUCCAACAUCGACGGCGACAUGCGCUCGCUCUACUGUGCUGGACUCAUGGUUGGUGUCAUCGCCUUCUUCAUCUACCUCAUCGUCACGUCUUAGGAGCGCCAUUAGCAGGAUGCAGUGAUUCUACAGCGCGCCAUUCUUUUUCAAUUUGCUCUUUAUUUUUUGCGAGAAUCGUGGAUGAACUAACAUUUUUGAAAUGAAAGUCUCUCAGUUCAAUCAUCAGCGCGACAGUUGAGCGUAUCAAUGUUGCAGC